AUGCCUCCGCGAAACGUUCGUCGAGAGACAUAUAAAAGGAGUGGAUCACUGGAGGCUAAGAUCGACACAGAACUGACCCCUCGAAUCUCGCUCUGUGGAAGGGUACUGAUUGUCGUAGCAAUGAAGCUCAUCUUCCUCACUGCACUGCUUCCACUUGCAAUUGCUAGCGCCAUCCCCGCUGAUCCUUAUCCUGCUCCAUGCGGUCGCUCUGAUCCAUCGGGCAUCUGUACGAAGAAGGAAACCUGCUACAAGAAGGGUGGAUUCUGGGUUCAGAGAGACUGCACCUUCUACAACGUUUUGGACAUCGGAUGCUGCUACAGCAUUCCCGACAAGAAAGAUUAGACUUCUGAUCUUACUGGGAAUGACAAGAAUCGACUGGAGUUGAUAAAUGGACUUGAGUUCAAAUUAUCAAAAUUGGGCGUCGUUUGAUGUCGAAUACCGCAUAAAGUAAUUGAAUCUUUUCGUCCUCGGGGCGAUUAAAAGACUUGACGUCUGUACUUGAGUAGUAAAAUAUACCCCAUAGGAGUGACAUGCAAGUUCUAUGAGGCUCAAUGAUGUAAUGGGAAUCCUAGCGAAGG